UUAACUACACAACAGGCAGCAAAAACGACUUCAGGCUGGGCAACGAUACGCUACCACGGAGAAGAAAACUCCAUCCACCCCGGGGGAAAGUCGAGAAGGAGGGGAGGCCCUGCAACACCGGAGCUACCAUGGUGGGUGAGCGCCGCAAUGGCAACCUGCUGGUUCAGCUGGGCCCGAAGCUCCAGGCUUAUCCAGAGGAGCUUAUCCGUCAGAGGAGGACUCACGAUGGCCAGACGGAGUACCUGAUUCGCUGGAGCCUGCUGGCUGUGGAUGAUAGCAGCAGCUCAGGCUGCAGCAAUGAGGCGAGCGGCGGUGGCGGCAGCAGUUCGGGCGGCGGAGGCUCUAGUGGCUCCACCUCAGGAGAGAGCAAGAGCGAGAGCAUCCUCAUGUGGAUGUCCACAGAAGACGUGUACGCCAACUGCCCCACUCUGCUAGGCAAGCGCAAGGCUGACUCCCAGAGGCCUCUGCUGGAGGAAGAGGAGCGGCCCAGCGGCCAGUUCCCCGCAGAUGUCACCUUUGACGAGGGAGAGCUGUUGGAUAUGAAAGACGACGUGAAGAAUCUCGUGCGCCGUGCCCGGAAGCAAAUGGCUAAGAACAGCGACUUCAGGAUAAGUAUCACACACACCAUCCACGUGCUGAGCGCCUACGCCAGUAUCGGCUCUCUGGUAGGAGUCUUCAAGGAGACCGGCGCUCUCGACCUGCUCAUGGAGCUGCUCUGCAACAAGGAGCGACAGACCAGACGCAGCGCUGGCAAGAUGCUGCGAGCCCUGGCUUCUCAUGAUGCGGGGAGUCGUGCCUAUGUGCUGCUGUCCCUCAGCCAGCAGGAUGGCAUCGAGCAGCACAUGGACUUUGAGAACCGCUACACCCUGCUGGAGCUUUUUGCAGAGACCACCUCCUCUGAGGAGCACGGCAUCUCCUUUGAGGGCAUCCAUCUUCCCCAGAUUCCAGGCAAGCUGCUUUUCUCUCUGGUGAAGCGUUACUUGUGCGUCACUUCAUUGAUGGACAAGCUAAACACGGCAGGGGUGGAGCCCACCUCUGAGCGUCAGGAUGUUGGCCCCUCCUCCUCCACGGCAGCCUACCAAUCAGAGCACACUCGUGUGCAGCGGGAGUUCGAGUUCACCAUGGCCAUGGCCAACCUCAUCUCGGAGCUGGUGCGUGUCAUGGGCUGGGACCGCAACCGGCAGCCGCCCCACACCUCCUCGAGCGCAAGCAGAGGGGUUGAGGAAAUAAAUAACGAAAUCCAGAAACACCCCGUCCGCUCCAUCUUUCAGCCACGCUUCUCCGCUUCGUCUCCCAUCAUGGCCGCUACAGCAAUAGCUGCGGCGGUCACGCCACCAAAGAAGAAGAAAACGACAAAUGGUUUCAAGACGCGUUCUGACUUCACUUCUCGUUCAGCUUAUGUGGAGUUUGUGCAGGAUAACCUGAAGAGUGGCAUGGUGGUGCGUAUGCUGGAGGACUAUGAGGAGGUCAGCGCUGGGGAUGAAGGAGAGUUUCGCUACAGUAACGACGGCUCGCCGCCGGUGCAGGUGUACUGGAACUCCCUGUCCAGGACCUACUGGGUGCACUGGCAUAUGAUUGAAAUUCUGGGCAACGGCAGCGGAGGACAGGCUGAGAAGGAGACUCAGGAGAAGGCCUCCUCCCUCACAGAGACACUCAAACUCACUACUGUGAGUCAGACGUUCUUCUCAAAGCCCCCCGGUGGGCUGUACACAUUGCCUUACCUGAUGGAGGGCUCUCAGGAUGACGCAGGGACCCUGAGCCGUGCUGAAUGGUGGGAAGUGCUCUUUUUCAUCAAAAAGUUAGAACCCAAGCAGCAGCAGGAGAUCAACAACAUCCUGCGACAGAGCCUCGAUGAACCGAUGGUAGAGCUUGACGAGCCGACUCUCAUCCAGCUGUCUCUGACGAGUGAGGUGGCGCAGAAAGUCCUCCACUACCUGAAACAAAAUUUGCAGGCAUCUUGUCUGGGUGAUCUGCUCUGCUCCCACACUUUCACCAAACACUACCUGAACUGUGGAGGUGCAGGCCUCGAGGGUGAGGAAAUGCUGAUGGAUAGCUCGCUCGGAGACCAAGGAGCCUCAUCUUCUUCAUCGCUGUCCUCAGCCACAGCAUCAUCCUCUUCCUCAGCCUCUUCCUGUACCAUGGGCUCUGUGUCCAAGAAAGCUAAGAAAGAGAUCCCAGCAGACACGGGCAGCGGUGGCAGCGAGACAGAGAGUGAACUUCCCACUGAAGACGACACAAAGUAUCCUGAUGACCUGGACGAGAAGAUGAAAGUGUUCAGCAGUCCAAAGGUGCAGGGUAAGAAGAGCUCCCUAGAGAAGAUGGGGGAGGUGGUGGACAUCAUGACGAAGAGUAGCUCAGACUCAGGACUGCAGCUCGCCGGCAUGAAAGUCAUCAGUAAGAUUCUGGAGGAGGAGGGACCUCAGGAGAGGAGCACCCUCAGAUCGGACUCGGCACAAACCAUCCGGUUGGAGUCUCAAGAUGAGCAUGACUUUAAGGACACCGAGCUGAAGAUGUUGGUGGUGAGUCUAAAGGAAAUGCCAGCCACUAAAGAGGUUAUACUGACCCUGGAGCAGCUGCUCUGUGACGACGCCUCCCAGCUGGAGGAAGAGAGAAGCGAGGUAACGCGGAGCAGAGACACCUUCCAGGACCUCAUCCGCCUCAUGGACCAGCACAGAGCGGAUCGGGCUGCGCAGCUGUCCAUCCUGAGGAUUUUGAAUAAGUUUUUAGAUAACUACCAGGAGGAUCUGUUGCCGUGGCAUGAGAGUAUUGAGCCUUGCCUAUCAUCUAUGACAGCCUUUGUCAGUGACAGAGAGGUCGUACAGCAGUUCAUCCGCUUCUUGUAUCGACUUGCGUCUCUGAAUAAAGACUAUGCUGUUGUGAUGUGUCGGCUGGGCACCAAAGAGGCUCUUCUCAAAGCCCUGGACAAACACAGCACCAGCCUGCUCAUGGUCACGGAGCUGCGGGACCUGAUCAACGACUGUGAGAAGUAUGCCAGCCUCUACAAGAAAAUGACCACCAGUGUGCUGGCAGGAUGUAUACAGAUGGUCCUCGGUCAGAUUGAAGAGCAUCGGCGCAGCCAUCAGCCCAUCAAUAUUCCCUUCUUUGAUGUGUUCCUGCGCAACUUGUGCCAAGGCUCCAGUGUGGAACUGAAAGAGGACAAAUGCUGGGAGAAGGUGGAGGUCUCCUCCAAUCACCAUCGAGCUAACAAGCUGACAGACAAAAACCCCAAAACCUACUGGGAAUCCAACGGCUGUACCGGCUCCCAUUUUAUCAACAUUUACAUGCAUAAAGGGGUGAUCAUCAGGCAGUUGACUGUGCUUGUAGCCAGCGAGGACUCGAGUUACAUGCCUGCUCGAAUUGUAGUUCUAGGAGGGGAUGAUCCCACAAACAUCAAUACUGAACUCAACACUGUAAAUGUGGCACCCUCCGCCAGCCAUGUGGUUUUGCUGGAGAAUAUGAGCCGCUUCUGGCCCAUCAUUCAGAUCAGAGUCAAAAGAUGUCAACAGGGUGGCAUUGACACACGAGUGCACGGGUUUGAGGUUCUGGGCCCAAAGCCCACAUUCUGGCCGGUGUUUAAGGAGCAGCUGUGCUGCCGCACUUAUCUCUUCCAUACGACAAAAGCUCACACCUGGUGCCAGGAGAUCCUGGAGGACAAGAACCAGCUGCUGCAGCUUUUUAGCAAGUUAAACAGUGCCCUGAAACAUGAGCAGAUGUUUGCUGACCGUUUUCUGCCUGAUGCCGAGGCCGCAGAGGCUUUAGGCCGGACCUGCUGGGAAGCUCUCAUCACCCCCAUCGUACAGAGCAUCACUAUCUCAGAGACUUCUACUCUCAGCCCUCUGUCCUGGUUGAUGAAUGAUUAUUUGGAGAACGCCGAUUCCUCCAAGAGAUGUAAGAGCUCAGCCUCCGUCUUCAACUCCCGUGUGCGGCGUCUCACUCAUUUGCUUGUCCAUGUGGACACCAGCACAGUUGAUACAGAAGAGCUCAAACCUCCCAUCAAAUCCAAAGGUAUCAACAGAAGCAGAGAUUUGAAGAAUGGUAAAGAGGGAAAGAAUAAGGAAAUGACUGUAGUAAGCUCAUCUUCAUCCUCUAGCAAACCGAAAGUGAAGAAUACUAGCAGCAUUGCAGGCAUCGCUUUGUGCUGGCAAGGUGUCAUUCAGCGACAGGUAAAGAGUUUCCUAGAUUCGACAUGCAGCCUCCCUGACUUCGUAGAGCGUUACAGAGGUCUGUUCCUCCAGCUAAAGAAUGCCAUGGAGGAGCUUUUUGGCCAGCACACUGCCUUUGUGCUUGCGCUCCGUCAGGGCUUUUCUGCCGCCUUGCUCCAGCUCUCCAUCCUGACCGCUAUGCAUGUGAGUGAACGUUUUGCACAGUACAUAGACAAGAUGAUCCAGGAAAGUGGAGUGGACUCUGGGAAUGUGGACACCUUGAACCAGCUCCAGCAGUUCCUGGAGCCCAUGCUGUUCCUCUCCGGACUGGAGCUGGCUAACACCUUUGAGCACUUUUACAGGUACUAUAUGGGUGAUCGGCUGUUGGGUCAGGGGAAGAUGUGGUUAGAGAGCGCUGUGGUUGAGCAGAUCGGUACCUGCUUCCCAAACCGGUUUCCCCAGCAGAUGCUGACCAACCUCAGUGAAUCUGAGGAGCUUCAACAGGAGUUUCAUCUUUACCGUCUACAGCAGCUGGACACGAAUCUGGAAAACUUUGAGGAGAUGAUGGAUGAGGAUGUGUCUGAACCCGAGGAAGAGAGUGACGUGAAAGUGUUGGUGUUGUCCCCACGCUGUUGGGUUGUGUCAGCUCCCUGCUACCUCGAGGAUCCCAGCAAACACUUCACCGCUCAACUCUGCAAUUACCUGGCCGAAUUCACAGAGUUUUACGCCAACAGUCAGCGCAUGUAUGGUUUGACCCACAGUAAGCCUCGGCGCCUGCAGUGGACAUGGCUCGGCCACGCUGAGCUUCAGUAUGGCUCCUGUACUCUCUACGUCUCCACACUGCAGAUGUACAUCCUGCUACAGUUCAACAAACAUGAGGAUGUGAGUGUGGAGAUGCUGCAGCAGGCCACAGGUCUCUCUCCAGCCAUGCUGAGCCAUGCCCUCAAGCCUCUCACUGCAGAGAAGGGGAUUCUCACUCACACCGACUCCAGCCAAGACCCCAUGAAAGGGUUCCUGGGACUGAACAACAAGAGCCUCUCGCAGAGCUCAGACAGACACGGCUACCAUUUCCUGCUUCCCACGCAGACCUACCUGAAUGUGGAUGAAGAUGCUGCGCUCACACUGGAGAGGAAGAGGAACUACAUCUACUGUCUCAUUGUGCAGAUCAUGAAGAAUGAGAAGGAGAUGCAUAUUGACAAUUUAGUGUUCAAGGUAUUGGACAGGUGUCAGAAGCAGGAGGCGAGUCGGACUCGCGGCUCGGUUCGCUUCAGCUGCAGCACUACAGACGUGCUGUCCUGCAUCAUGCAUGUCAUCAACAAAGGCUACAUCUGCCGCAACGAGGAAAGCCCACAUAUCGUGGAGUUCUUGAUGGAGGACCCGUCCACACCCCGAAAGGGCCAGGCGCAGUUCUCCUUUAAGAUGGAUGUGAAAAAAAGCUCCGCAAGCGGCAGCAAAGCCGACACCAGCCUGGGAGGCCUUAUAGUUCCCCCUCAGCAUCCGGAGGACGGCGUGCUGGAGGCCGUGCUGUUCUCCAUGGGUCGCACAAUGACUCAAGAGGAGGUCAGGCAGCUGAUGCAGCGCACCGUCCAGCAGGUGGCGGGGACCCUGAGCCUGGAUCUGGACCGGGCCGAGCACCUGCUCAUGCACUGCAAAUGGAACGUGGACUUGUUGAUCCAGCGGUACACAGACGACCCAGACGCCCUGGUCCUGGCUGCCGGCCUCAAGAUCCGCAACCCCCAGCCGGCCCCGGGCGCCUUGGCCCAGUGUCCCGUGUGCCUUUCCCAGUCCAAAGAGAGUGACCCCCCUCCCAUGCUCUGCUGCAUGCAUUACUGCUGCAGGUCCUGCUGGCAGGAGUACCUCACUGCUCGUAUCGAACAGAAUCUGGUGAUGAACUGCGACUGUCCGAUCACAGACUGUCGGGCUCAGCCCACCUCCAAGUUCUUUCACAACAUCCUCACCGAUAAGGACACCAUUGCCAAAUAUGACAGUGCCCUUCUGCGAGGCUUCGUGGAGUGCUGCUCCAACCUGACCUGGUGUACCAACCCUCAGGGCUGCGACCAGGUCCUGUGCAAGGAGAACAUCGGUAGCAUGGGCACCUGCUCCAAGUGCUGCUGGUCUUCCUGUUUCAGCUGCAACUUCCCAGAGGCGCACUACCCAGCCAGCUGCAGUCACAUGUCUCAGUGGAUGGAUGAUGGAGGCUUUUACGAGGGAAUGAGUAUGGAAGCACAGAGUAAACAUCUGGCCAAACUUAUAUCCAAACGAUGUCCCAGCUGCCAGGCCCAGAUUGAGAAAAACGAGGGUUGCUUGCAUAUGACGUGUGCCAAAUGUAAUCAUGGAUUUUGCUGGAGAUGCCUGAAGCCGUGGAAGCCAACACAUAAAGAUUAUUACAACUGCUCAGCCAUGGUCAGCAAAGCUGCAAGGCAAGAGAAGAAGUUCCAAGACUACAAUGAGAGAUGCACAUUUCAUAACCAAGCCAAGGACUUUGCAAUCAAUCUGGAGAACAAGGUGUUUUCUAUAAACGAAGCUUUACAGAUGAAGUCUUUGACGUUUGUGAUCGACGCCUGCAAGAUUCUUGCCCAAGCUCGAAAGGUGCUGGCGUACUCGUGUGUUUACAGCUAUUACAACCAGGACACUGAGAAGAUGGAUGUGAUGGAGCAACAGACCGAAGCUCUGGACCUUCAUACUAACGCUCUGCAGAUCCUGCUUGAGGAGACGCUGCUGCAAUGCACUGAUCUUGCAUCCUGUAUCCGACUCCUAAAACCCGAACACCUAAACACUGGCCUGGAGCUCAUUCGCCGAAUUCAGGAGCGUCUUGUGGCCAUCCUCCAGCACUCCACUCAGGACUUCCGUGUUGGAUAUCAGUCCAAGACUGGGCCAGACCAGGAGACAGCACAGGCUUCUAAUCUGGCUAACCACGCAGACGCCAACAAAGGGUCCAAAUCUGAUGAAGGCUCUGAGUCUGGAGACUCCGACAACAACAACAACUACGCCGGCGAGGACCCUGGCGAUGAAGCAGAGGAGGAUGACGAGUAUGACGAUGAAUACGUUCCAGAAUGGCACGAGGAUUACGAUGAGGAAGACAUAGAUGACGAUGACUUUUUUUCUGAUGAUGAUGAAUCUGAAAACUUGGAGAGGGACUUCAGCCCUUUUGACUAAAUGACCCUGAGACUGAUGCUUACACAAUGCUAACACGAUGUCUACCAAUGUAAAAGUAGACACUAUAAAUUCCACACCCAUACAAGAAAGAAAAAAAGUGACACAAAUUUCUUGUGGGAAUCCAGAGUUUGGAGUAAGUUUCUCUGUAACGUGGUCUUUUUGCUUCGCACUUAGCACCUACUUUGAGUUGUAAAUUAGUUGUUACACCAGAAGUGGAAUUUCACGUUUAUUUAGGUUUAUGCUACAGUUUCUUUAACUUACGAAAUUGUAACUUCGUCCUUGGCUGAUGAGGGUACUUUAAGUUCAGUGAAGGAUCUUAAUUGUAGAGGUAUUAUCUUUUUGAAACUGUUCAUAGUUUUGUUAUUAACAACUUACAUUUUUGGUCAAAAAUUGAAGGAGGGAUGUGUAAACAUUAAGAAAGCUGAUUUUUUUUUAUCUGGUCGUAGGUGUCGGCAUUGUGUAUUUAGUUUGAAUACCAAAAGUACUUGCCUUUAUUCCAUUUUAAAUUCCUUUAAAUGCCUUCAUAUAUGAUGUUAAGUUGGUUGAUCGCCAUUUGAAUGAUUGUAAGCAUUUGGAAAUAUUUGCAAAGAUUUUGAAAAGAAAAAACAUUGAAACAUUUGCAUCCGUGUUUAAGGGCUGCAUGAAAAAUGAGCAGUCUGUCAGACAGCAGUCCAUGAUGAGGAUGGUGCUUCAGUGACCUGCUGGUUGUGUCAGGCACCAGAAUCCUACAAACUUAAACCUUUUACUUUGUCCUGUCUCAUUAAGAUGUAAUGGCAAUAAAUAUUUAAACGUUUUGUAGCUCAUCGCAUUAAGCAAAUCAUACCUUAAUCGCUUAGUUCAGUUUCUUCCUC